GCGCUCUUCUCCGACCACUCCCUCGCCAGCGAAUGAUCGCAUUCCUCCCCUGACCCUUCGCUACCCCAAGUUUCCGAAGCCUUGCAAGAGGUGGAGAAAGAGAACCCGAAGACGAGAAAGAAUUCCACCAAUCUCUCUCUACAGAUGGGUCGAGCCGUUCUCUCUUCCUCUCUCGUCUCCCUGAGACCAAGGAUUCCCGCGGUACCCAAUCCUUUUUUACCCAAUUCGACGCCCAACAACGCCCUGCGGUUUCCCUCGAAGAUUUCGCGGGGAUCCCGAACCCGCGCGGCGGCGGUCUCCGAAUCCCCCACCGGGAGGUUGUUCCCGAGGGUUGCGGCCGAGUCCACGGGGCCGAUCCCCGCGGCGGAGCUGCUGAAGGUCGUGGAGACGGCUGCGAGGACCGGCGCCGAGGUUGUGAUGGAAGCUGUUAAUAAGCCUCGCAACAUUAAUUACAAAGGAAUCACAGAUUUGGUGACGGACACUGAUAAAUUGAGUGAAUCAGUAAUUCUGGAGGUAGUGAAAAAGAACUUUAAAGAUCAUCUUAUACUUGGUGAGGAAGGUGGCCUUAUUGGGGAUUCAUUGUCAGAGUAUCUCUGGUGCAUUGAUCCUUUAGAUGGAACAACAAACUUUGCUCAUGGUUACCCAAGCUUUGCUGUAUCAGUGGGAGUACUGUUCCGUGGAAAGCCAGCUGCUGCAUCUGUGGUUGAGUUUGUUGGUGGGCCUAUGUGUUGGAAUACUCGCACAUUUUGUGCAUCUUCUGGUGGUGGAGCCUUUUGCAAUGGACAAAAGAUUCAUGUUAGUCAGACUGAUCAGGUGGAACGCUCUCUUCUGGUAACAGGGUUUGGAUAUGAACAUGAUGAUGCCUGGGCAACCAACAUUAACCUGUUCAAAGAAUUUACUGACAUUAGCAGGGGUGUAAGAAGACUUGGUGCCGCUGCUGUUGACAUGUCUCAUGUUGCUCUUGGAAUCGUCGAAGCCUACUGGGAAUAUCGUCUCAAGCCAUGGGACAUGGCUGCUGGUGUCCUGAUGGUUGAAGAAGCUGGUGGAGUUGUGACGCGAAUGGAUGGUGGAAAGUUCACAGUCUUUGAUCGUUCUGUUCUAGUAUCCAAUGGUAUUGUUCAUGAAAAGCUGCUGGAGCGGAUAGGCCCUGCAACUGAAGAGCUAAAGAAGAAAGGGAUCGACUUUUCGUUAUGGUUUAAGCCAGAAAACUACAGUACUGAUUCUUGAGUGCGCUAUCGAUCAACGCGAGGUUUAUGGUCUGCCACAGAUUUUGAGUCGAUCCGUAGCAGAAGUCAAUGUUUUCCUCUUUCCUAUACUUAAUUCAGCUUCGAUUCGUUUUUAAGGUGAUAUAAGCUUCGUUUGACUUGUUCUCACUCAUCGAGGACGACGAAAAGAUCCGUACUAGUCACUGCAGUAAGCACUUUUAAAUACUAGUUAUGGAUGGAACCCAUUCAUGGUA